GCGCACAGUCACAACCAUGACGACAUAGUUAGAUCUUUGUUGUUAAUCAGAAUGCUGGCUACUGUUAGAUCCAAUAUUAAUUAUUUGAGCCAAGUUAUUUAAUUUGGUUGGUUUCAUGGUUACCACAUAAAAUAUCUAGCUCUGUUGUCAAUCCAUAUCCGAAAAUCAAUUGACGAUCUCUAUAUAAGCGCACUCUGCACUCAUUCAUUCCUCACCCAUUUCCAAGACAAGAUCUAGAUACUCGAUAGUUCGUAUCGAUCAAUAUAUAGGAUUACCAAAAACCUGUAUGCAUGGAUCAGUUUCGUCUUCUAUGCAUGUUUUCAAUUUUCUAUGUGGCAUCAGUAGUGGUGGGAAUAGGCUAUGCAAACAAGGUCAAUGAUGCCAAAUCCUGGAUGUUUUACUGGAAUUCAGCUUUGCCAAAAUCUCCAUUGCCUACUAAAGCUGUACAGCAAGUCCUAAACCCUGUAGGUGAAAGAAGUUACGCUGGGAUUGGAAGGGACGCUAUUAAUCCUGCAGUAUCAUGCCUUGUUUAUCAUUCUCACAGUAUUGGAUCUGCAGAAGAAUUCAACGUGGAGCCAGGUUUAACUACAUUCUUCCAAGGAAACGAUCUUCAACAUUCGGGAAAAACGGUGACAAUGCGAUUCUUGAAACCCACAAGUAACAAGGCAGCUCUUUUGCCUCGUCAAGUUGCAAAGUCCAUACCCUUUUCAAGCAGCAAGUUGCCAGAAAUUCUAACAUACUUUAGAGUGAAACCCAAGUCAGGUUAUGCAGAAAUAAUGAAAAAGACAAUCGAAGGCUGUGAGAAACCGGCCAUUAAGGCCGAAGACAAGUAUUGCGCAACAUCGCUAGAAUCCUUGAUCGACUUCAUGGUGUCUAAGCUCGGGAAGCACGUCCAGGUCUAUUCAACCGAGGCGGAAGAUGAAAGCAAACAAGAAUAUAGAAUUGAGACUACCGGAGUCCAAAGUAUUGGAGACAGAUCGGUUGUGUGCCAUAAGGAGAGCUAUGUUUAUGGUGUGUUUUACUGCCACAAAUUCGAUGACACAGCCACAAAGGCUUACAUGGUUCCGUUGGUGGCUGCUGAUGGAGUUACAAAAGCCAAAGCAGUAGCUAUUUGCCAUAUUGACACCACUGGCUGGAACCCUAAGCAUUUGGCCUUUCGAGUCCUGAAAAUAAAACCGGGAAAUACAGUCCCGGUCUGUCAUUUUCUACACACUACCAGUCUUUUGUGGGUUCCUAUGUAACUAUGUAAGGCAUCCACAUCAAAUCCUGUUGGAGUUGUUAAUAAGUCCUAGUUAAUAGGGACGUACGUGCAGUUAGUUUUUGAAUCAUUCCUGGCUAACUGGCUUCAUGUAAUCAUUUACCACGCACUUAAGAGUUGUGUACGUUUCCCUUGUAAGGCUAUAUAAGCCUCUGUUUGUUAAUAAAUAAGAGCCUCUGUUUGUU